UCCUUCCUCAAAUCAUAACCAUCCAAUCCCUUUCUCUCUAUCAAUUUACUCAUCUCAACAUGGUUCUCUCCAACUGUGCUCACUUCGACCGUGAAACUCCUAGCUCGGAGUUGUCAGAGAUCAUGACCUCAGCUGAUUCGUACUGCCUCAAGUACUUCCCCAUUGAGGGCUUGGGUCAGACUAGCCGUGAUAUCCUCGCAGCCGGAGGCGCCAAGUGGGAAAACCUUUUCCCAGAGAACUGGGCUACGGAGAAGGAUCAGACUCCUUUUGGAUGCAUGCCUCUUCUUUAUAUUAACAAGAACGGAAAGGAAGUGGUCAUCUCCGAGUCAGCUGCAAUUGAUUUCUACUUGGCCAAGCAAUUUGGCAUGCUAGGCUCGAAUCAAUAUGAGGAGGCAUUGAUCGGAGCCUUCUAUACCUCAACCUCAUCUGUAAUGAUUACCUUUGUUUCCCAAGUUACCUGGAACCAAUCCGAAGCAAAGAAGGCUUCCCUUGAAACAUUUAAGGAGCGUUCAUUCAAAUACUGGGUUAAGGCCCAUGAGCGCCACUUGAUUGACAAUGGUAGCAAUGGACACUAUGUCGGCAACGAGCUGACUCUCGCUGAUAUCAGGACCACUGCCUUCUUUAACCAUCUCUCUCAUCAGCCUGAGGGCCCUGAAUUGAUGGAGAUUGUCAAGGCGGCCCCUGCACUCUGGAAAGUCAUGGAGACUGUCAACAAUCACCCCAAGCUGGCCAAAUAUCGUGCAAGCGAGGAUUAUAAGACCUUGGUUGAGAAUACAAUUGGCUUCUACAAGGACCCAUUUGCCGCUGUUGCUGCUAUGGCGGCCAAGUAAACGAGAAAUACUUUAAAGAAGUUUCUUGAGUAUAUUAAAAGAAGACAUUUUUGUCUGAUUGUAUAAAUAAAAUCGUGUCCUCAACAACUGCUAUUCCACACAUGUUUACUUAUCAAUGGUGCUCUCUCUCUCC